AUGAUGCAAGUUUCAGUGCUGGAGAAAGCCGAGGAACUAUCGCCUGAGGUCAGCAAUGGUCAUGCAGUCGAUGGCCGAUGUGCAUCAACCGCUCCAUGUGAAUCCAGCCCCGUACCAUCUGUGUCUCCAUCCGAUGAAUCACCUAGCAAGAAAAAUGUUUACAGAGAGAACGAUCGUCCAUUGACACCAAGAGCAGUUUGUAUAAAAAAGAUCGGAAAUAUGAAGAGUCCACAUCUCUCUCCGUCUCCGUCCAACUGUACUUCGAGCGAUGAUGAUUUGUUUGCCGAUGUGCAGAGGAAUGAUGACGAUAAUAUUACGGAAAGCGCUGUACUUCCUGAUGUCGAAGACGAGGAUCAAUCCAAAGAAAUCCUCACUUCUGCAUUCACUCAGAAUCUUAGCUGGAUAGAAGAAGAACAAAUUAAGGAUCCAUCAGUGUUGGGAACUUCCUACGGUUGUCAUCCUCACUACGCUGAUCAAUUCAAGGACACGAUUCGAGAAACGCUCGUGCAAUUACUCAAGGAGCGAGGCAAACACAAAAUAGUGGCCAUUGGAGAGUGUGGGAUCGAUUACAUGAGAAGCACCGUUGAUCCUGAAGUACAGAAGGAAGUAUUCUUCACACAAUUGUGUCUUGCAAAGGACUAUGGUCUUCCGAUUAUUAUUCACUGUCGUUCUGGACACAGAGGAACUCUCGAUGCAGAAGCUUCCUGCAUGGAAGUUUUGGACAAGGCGGAAAUUCCCAGUUGCUAUCCUAUCCAUCGCCAUUGUUUCACAGAAAAUUGGGAGGUGGCCGUGAUGUGGUUGAAAAGA